AUGAAUUGGACGGGAGGCAAGCUGCAACGAAACUCAAAGAGCAAGGGCAACGCUGUGGUUGAACGUCAAAGGUCGCACUUUGCCAAAGCCCGUAACAAAGCCCCGAAUAGAAUCGCCUCCUCGACCAAAGACUGGAACGACACCUCCCCAACUCGACCUCCAUCUCCUCCGCCGUUCAAGAAAGCUCGCACCCAGCACAGGCACUCUCCACGGGUACAACAAUGGUCCCUGUCUGGCCAAAGAGAUGAACAUCGUCUUGUGGGAGACUUUGUGUUGCCAUCUAGAAACAGUGAUGUCCGCGUUCGGGUAGGCCAGCGAGCGUUUGCAAGUCAGCUCGACACGACUGUGGCUAGUCCCUCGACCAGAAUUCGAUCACACUCCACAUCUUCUUCGGAUUACUCCUCAAACUCGAUGCUCCUUAAUGGGGUCGACCAGCUAGGCUCCCAGACCAAAGUCUCCGACAAUGGUAAAUCUUACCGACCAGACCAAGGCAACAGCUUAACCUCACCAUGUAUGCCGGAACGAAUGCCGUUUGCGUUGAGUGAUUUGACGGAGGACAUCUUGUGGAGUCAGGAUGAUACCCAGUAUCCCUCAGAUUUUGCAACACAUGCUUCAUCAGCUGUUCAUGCUGUCGCAAGUCCUGGUAAUGCUCCGAACAACACAUCAGCCGAGGAUAUGCAAAGAUUUCCAGAUGCGGCUGAGCGAUUGGAAGGCUCACCGGUCAAGCUACCAAAGCACUAUGCUGCACCUCAAUAUCAGACGCAAGCCUCGCCGAAUGCUCUGCCUACUUUGACAGCGGUUCAUGAUGAGCCGUUCUAUCGGGUCAGUAUUCGUGGCAGCACCCCGCAUUCGUCUUGUCCAACAGCACGCGCAUGUCUGCUCGAGACAGGAACAUCGAAGCGGAUAGGCGGUGAGAUAAGCGAGAAAGGACCAAGACUCAGCCACGACGAUCAAGUAUGGAGAAGAUUUGUGCUAGGAUACGAUCCGACGGAUGCUUCAUGA